AAACUUCAAGAAAAGAACAAGGAGUUGGAGAUCAAGUUCGAUGGUUAAGCUGAAGAAUUAUAUUUGGAAGGUCCCCAGCAACAGGUUACGGAGGCAGCCAAGAAGUUCUUUACACAAAUCACUGACACGGUUGAAAAGAAACUUACUUUAUCUGCCAGCUUCUUGGAGAUUUUAAACACAGAUGAAGGGCUUCAGACUGUAAAACGUGAGUUGGAAAGAAACAACCUGGAAGCAGUGUUCGUUAUUGAGAAAGAUGCCACCAUAGUGGGAUCAUCAGCAGCGCAUGCAGACAACGCGGCGAGGCUCGUGAACAAAUUAAUGCUGGAAGAGAAAGUUCAAGUGGACGAGAAAAGCAAGCAUUUGUUGAAGUCAGCUGAGUGGCUGAAAUUGUGCGACGAAUUGAACCAAACGGCUGUUCGUGUCCAUAGAAAUAGCUGGAACGAUACAUAUGUAACCGGGUUCCGAGAUGACGUCACCGAAGUGAUCAAGAAGUUUAAUACCUUCCUCGAAAACAAUUGCAUCAGGAAGGAACGUUUUGUGUGUGAGUCUGAUAUUCAGCGGAGGUAUCUUCUUGAGCUACGUCAAGAUGAUCUGCGUACUAUACAAGGUAAACUGAAAGAUUUUGGAGUGAAGAUUGAAAAAGGAAAAGGCUAUGAUGAUUUUGUCAUUUCUGGAAACAGAGAGGGUUUGAAACGUUUAAGAAAGGAGAUCGGCGCUGUGAUAAAUGCCACUGAGUCGAAAACCUUUGAGGUGAAACAGCCAGGCCUUCGAAAAUACUUUGAUAGUGGAAAAGGAGAUCGGCUGGUGAAAUCAGUAGAAAAAGACCAAGAUUGUGCCAUAAAAGUCCAGAAAAAUAUAGGUCGAGGAAGGGUGGACGAGGAGGUGCACCUCCAAUCCGUAUCCGAUGGUUCUACUUCUUCAUGCGACAGUGAAGAUGAUGCUGAGGAUGACCAAGCUAUCACUGUUGGAACUGACGCGUCCACCCUUGUAAUUGCCCAAAAGCACAGAGUGUCGUGGAAAUCUGGAAAAAUAGAGGCAGAGAAGGCGGACGUACUUGUCAGUUCUCAAGGAGCAUGCGAUGAAGCAAUCAUUAAAGCCGGUGGUCCUCAGGGCGUAACUCCUAAAGUUGGUGACAUCGCUGUCUCAGGUGGUUUUUCCUCGGUCAGUCACGUGAUUCACACCAACUGUUGUAAGUGGAACAACGGCGGAGGGGAACCGACGCUACGGGCCAUCGUACAAAAGUGCCUGCAAACAGGCGAAUCGCUUGGAGUGAAUUCCAUUGCAUUUCCAAUCAUUGGAACAGGAAACUUACACUUCCCACGCGAUACAGCCUCAAGAAUCAUGUUGGAUGAAACUGUUAUUUUCUGCCGAUCUAACCUUGCUUCUAAUUUACGGGACAUCCGAUUUGUCGUGUUUAACCAAGAUCAAGCGUUAACUGCUGCCUUCAAACAAGAGAUGGACAAACUGCAACCCCAGCAUAUUGGCCACUCCGCCAUCAAAGCUGAAGCAAGAGGAAUAGGUUCCUUCUUUGGAAGAGAGAAAACAGUGGUAACAUCGGGUGUUGGUAUCGAAGUUUUGCAGGGUGACUUGUGCCAGGAGACUUCCGACGCCAUUGUGAAUAUAACAAGUAAAGACUUGAAUAUGGACACUGCAGGAAAGUUGAGUAAGGAAGUGAAACGACGUGGUGGUCAACAGAUACAGGAUGAGUUGAAUCAGUUCGGAAAGCAAUCGGGUGGAACUGCAUUGAUUACCAGCGGUGGAAACCUACCUGCACCAAACAUUAUUCAUUUAAUACCGGACACCAACAAUAAAGACCACUUCCAACAGUGCGUAGAAAGAUGUCUUCAGCUGGCAGAGAAGCAAAGUCUUCGAUCCAUUUCUAUCCCCGCACUUGGCACUGGAGCUUAUGGUAUGUCUGCAAUGGACUCAGCCAGUUUGAAAUUUAAGGCCCUUACAAACUUUAGCGCUAGCUUCCGUACCCUUCGCAAGAUCAGGAUUGUAAUCUACGAGGCUCCAAUGAUGAUGGCAUUUCAGCAAGCACAUCAAAGGAACUCGUUUUCUUCACAAGCAGGUGUGGUUCAGCGCAUGCACUUCCAUAGUCCCUUCAAAGUUGAGGUGACAAAUGGCGAUUUGACUCAAGAGAAUAGCACCGAGGCUAUCAUGAAUAUUAUCAGCGCGUACAUGAACAUGAAUAACGCCGGAGACUUGAGCAAAGCCAUAGCAAGACAGAGUGGUCCACAAGUGCAACAGGAAUGCAACCAACUGGGAAAGCAAUCUCCUGGAACAGCGGUAUUAACCAACGGAGGUAGUUUACAAGUACCUUAUAUUAUUCACAUUAUUCCUGGCUCUUCAGAUAAGAAACAUCUCCAGCAAUGUUUGGAGGAGGGUCUUCGUAUUGCGGACACCAAUAACUUUCAAGCGAUCUCAAUUCCAUGUGUUGGCACAGGAGGCUACGGCUUGACUGGAGCAGACUCAGCCCAACUGACGUUCAAAGCACUAAAUGCAUUCAGUGUCCGCUGUAAAAGCAUUAAAAAGGUGAGGGUGGUUGUGUUCCAGGCUUCUAUGAUACAGGAGUUUCUACAAGAGCAGAAGAAACAACCAGUGCGAGAUGUUGAAGAAGAAGACAGUGACUCGGAGAAUGCAGCAGCUGGGCAAACCAGAAGACUGAGACGUAGGCAGGUACCAGCCCAAGAUAGUGAAGACUUUGUAAGAAUAUCUGUGAUCGGCAAAGACAAGUUCAGCGCGGAGAAAGCCGUGGAAUCCUUGAAGAAAGGUUUUUCUGAUGCUUGUACAAUGGAAAAAGUUGAAAGUGAAGUCGUCAGUCAGCUUUCCGAUAAACAGAAAGAUGCCCUGAGAAAAAAAGCGAAAGACCGCGACGUCAAACUUGAAAUUGAGGACGGCGUGAACUGCAUUGUCGUCCGUGGUGAACCAACCCAAGCAUCUGGAAUGGUCGGGGAGAUCUGGAAAGAGAUCAAUGAGAGGACCAAGAAGAAGCAAGAAGAAGAACAGGCGAAGUUGGUUUCAAAGAACAUAGAGUGGAGCUAUGAAAUGCAUGGCGCAAAAGAGGCGUUUGAUCCGAAAGCAAAUGGUAAGAUUGAGUUGGCCUACAGGAAAGAAGAGCCCACGGCGCAGGUUUUUCUACUCGGAGACAAGUUUGUCAUCGACUUGAAGAAAAACUCUGGGCGUGGACAAACGUCUGGUGAACAAAUAACACUGUCAAGAAAGGUUAUUGGUACUGGUGAAGGAAUUAUUUUUCCCAAAAACUGGACGCCAAUGCCAAAUGAUGACAGAAAAAAAGAGGUCAGUGUUCACUUGGUAACACUAGCUAGCUUUUCACCCGAGUACAAGAAGGUUAUGGAUCAAGUUUUGGACCUUGUUCGUUCAGUUGACAUCGUGAGCAUAGAACGAGUACAAAAUCCUUAUCUGUAUCGGGCCUACCAGUUACUGAAGCAAAAGAUGGAAACUGAGAAUGGAGAAAGCAACGAGCGACAAUUGUUCCAUGGCACAAAUCCUGACAACGUACAGAAAAUAAAUCAAUCAGGGUUCGACUGGAGAUUCUCGGGACAUAUGCACGGAGCUAAGUAUGGUGCUGGAGUUUACUUUGCCAGAGAUGCCUCUUAUUCCAUACAUUACGCAACUCAACCCAGUGUUGGCACUCAUCGAGUUAUGUAUCUUGCCCGGGUCCUAUUGGGUCAAUAUUGCAAAGGCGAAGAAAGUAUGAGAAAACCUCCCCCCAGAGAUCCCGCGUCUCCCGAGAUUCUAUUUGACUCCACGGUGGACAAUUUGUCUAAACCUUCAAUUUUUGUCGUGUACCAGGACAGCCAGUGUUACCCAGAAUAUCUUAUCACUUUCUAUAAAGCAGGACAAUGAAACAAUGAAGAGAGGAUUCUUAAAUUAGCGAGGCGGUUUCACUCAUCUCCAAAGUAUGAAAAGUAAUCUCACUGGUAGACUCUUUACAUUUUUUACAGCUACGAAUUCUGAACACGUUGCUUAAAAACAGUGCAAUAGGAAGGUCACGAUAAAGGCAACAUCAUGAUACACCAAGCAGCCGUUGAUUAAAAGACAUAACUUAGUUUGUAAGCGCAAUUUCUAGUACCCUCAGGGAUAAGGAUUUUUGGAUUCUCUUGUUUUUAAGGCAAUCUAAGUUGGGUCUAAGUUCGAUCGGAACGUUAAAAUAAUUUUUUUUCUUGUUUGAACUCUCCACAAUAUAACAUAAGCUUAGAAUAAAACCUGUUAGCGCUAAAAAGAUUUUUGUUUUGUCCGUUGCUCAGCUGUGUCAGCGACUGACGUAUUAUGGUUUUCCUCACGCUGAGAAGAGCUUAAAAGUCAUUUCCUUGUUAAGCAUUUUAUUCAGCUCGCUUCAAUUUUUCCUUAAAAUAAUUCCCUUACCGUACCAAGGUGAGAUUGACCGGCUUGUUUCAAACGUAACAAACGACAUUUGUUCAGCAUUGUAAUAAAAGCGGUGAGAUGACUGAGAAACAGCUGUCAGAUGCAAGAAGCUUAAAUAAACACAUUUUUCUUUGAUUCAGA